AUGGUGCUUCAUGAUUCAAAGGGCGGUUUUGUUUGGCAAAGUUUUGACCAUCCCACCGAUACUCUUUUACUGGGGCAGUCUCUUCGUGUUGAAGGAACAGCUAGGCUUGUGAGUCGGGCAUCUGAAAAGGAAAACUCCGAUGGACCAUAUAGCUUGGUUUUGGAACCAAAAAGACUAGCCAUGUACUCCAAGAGCCCUAGCUCUCCUAGGCCUUUAUCUUCUCUACACUCAGACAAGCUAAGCGAAUCCAAGGGUCGUGUUCAGAAUGUAACUCUAGUCAACUACAACAACACACUGUCGUUUCUUCGACUCGGGAUAGAUGGGAAUCUUAGGGUCCACACCAUCUAUGAUAAAGCGAGCAGAAAUGAUGGAUUUCAAGCGACGUUCAUCCUUCUCUCCAGAGAUUCGGGCUGGGAGAGUGAGCGUCAAUUGCCAGAGAGUGAGUGUCAAAGCGAGCAGAAAUGA